GCCUCCGACACUUCGCCGCAUAACUGGGGCAUUUCCUUGCGCAUUGCGACAUGGAACCGUCUGUGUCAUGCCUAUAAUAUCCGUCACAAUAAAUCUCAUCUCGCCAUUUUCAUCUUCUAUUCCUCUAUACUAGACGUGACCUCCAACAAGUCAUGUUUCAAUCAUUUACGGGGAACUCCCGUCGUCCACGGCAGGUCAACCUUGGAGGCCGCAACACGAACCCUUUCGCCGCAUAUCCCUCCGGGAGACAGAACCCCCACGGGGCAGGUCCGCAGAAUACGCUUGCAAUUGCUCAACAGGAACGGUUACUGAGACAGCAGGAGAGGGAGCGAUUAGGGGCGAGUCGGGUUAUACAACGGACAUGGAGGGGUUAUCGGAGUAGGAAGAUAACGCACAAUGUGUGGCGUACCGACUGGGAUGCCACGCAGAAGCAGGCGACGGGGGGCCUUUUCUCAUUUGAAGGCCUCCUGAAGCAGCAAGAUGCAUUUCUACAGCAGCCUCACCGCUAUGAGACGGCCGCGGCCUGCUUGUCACAGCUGCGUCUGCUCGUGCAUUUCUUGGAACCGUGGAAGAGUGAUGAUGUCCUCCGGCUGCUGUACUUCUCGGGGGUCUUCCAGAAAACCCUGAAUGAAGUCCCCACGAUAGCGACCGAGGGAGAAUGGACGACGCCGUUGACUCGACUGGCGAGAUUGACUCUUCGUGUGCUCCGUACCGCAACGACUCCGACGCUGCCGGCAUCUGCGAUCGGCCCUCUUCUUCAGCUACUCAUUUUUCUCACGGGUCUCAUACCGAAGCAAAUAGCCCGCCUUGGCCGUGACUACUAUUCUGUCAUGACGAUCCUGACGACGGUUGGGAAGUCUCAACUUUCCGGGGACAGCCUUAUCGAGUGCGUUUUGGCCGUGCUUCGGCCGAUCACCUCCGAAACUCUGACAGCUUAUGAAUGGUUUGCGAAGUGCUACUUGACCAUUCCAGAUCUUCCCCGAUAUCUCGGUAAUUUGGAUCGUCUGGCUAACAGUAUCAACUACAAGCUUUUGACGUCCGCUCUUAGCCCUUUGCAGGGGUAUUUCCGUGAGCGUCAGCGCGAGGAUACAGAUUCUUGUCUCUGGAUGCUCGCUUAUUACAUCUACUUUCAUCGGUCUGCAUUGGGAAACCAGGCCGGGCAGCAAGCGCCAGACUCUGGCUUUGUCAAGGUCGUGUCUGACAUGCUGAAUUCCACUGCAAUGCACAUAUCCCGGCGUAUGGGACAGGAUGAUACUAAUGACGUGGAGAACGACCCCGAAAGAGCUCCGUUUCAUCCUUUCAUCAAAGACCAGCUCGCCAGCCUUGUCAAUCAAAGCAGUAUUACAGGCCUCCUUUCUCAGCUCCAAUCCACGCAGCUCUCACAAGGCGAGCUAGCAGACGCUCAUUCGGAUGCAUCCAGGGAAGCGAAGGUCCUUGCUACAUAUGCACUGACACUAUUGAGAGUGUUUCCUCGACGCGGUGAUGACAUCCGCAUGUGGCUGUAUCUAGGCUCAGCAACAUCGGACCAGCAGUUGACAGGUCACAAGGGCGCCCAAAUACCGGCCAUCAAAUAUUUCUGGCACGCAUCUAGAUCUAGCCGAAUCUUCGCUGCCAUAAGUCAAGACUCAUCUAAGGUUCUGCCUCUACUGAAGCCUGCUGAUGACUCCGUGGAUCUAAGACUUAGGGGAAUGUCCCAGACAGAGAGGGAUGAAGAAUGGACUAUAAUCCUUCUCUUCCUUGAACUUUAUACAUUCGUGCUGAAGGUGAUGGACGACGAAGAGUUUUUCUCGAAUGAGUCCUCUUUCACAGCAUCGUCUAAUUCCAGAGUGUCAUGGACCAAGGAGAGCGCCUUGCCGUUGACAGAUAUCAAAGAGAUGACGGUCUUCCUUAAGAAUCUUGGAUUCACGUUGUAUUGGAACUCAGCAGAUCUGAGUGAGCACGAAAUUGUCCAGGGUACUGGUGGGAUUCGAAGUUAUUUCAGCUCCUCCGCGCUCCCGUCUGAUCCCAUGGCGGGUGUAAGAGAGAUCGAGACCAAGAACAAGGAGAAAGGGCUUGCUGGUGUUACGGGCAUCCCUCUUGACUAUUUCAAAGGCCUUGUCACAGGCUUACUGAGGAUGAUUCACGAGCGAGAUUCGAGAAGGAAAUUCCUCCCUGACGGGCACUGGUUGAUGACAAGCCGUUUCGACAUGGAAGGAUUCAUUCCCGCCGUUGUUGCGGAGGAGGAGAACCGACAUCAACUUCAGGAUGAGGACGAUGAAGCAGAGAAUGAUCUAACUUCAGAUACUCUUUUUGAGCCAUCCUUAGGGCUUAUUGGCACCGGCCGUGCUCAGCAAACCCGUCGGGUUGAGGCUCUCAGACGUCGCCAACAACAAGCUGCUCGCCGAAAGCAACUCGAAGCGGUAGCCCCGCGACUUGAAAUUCUCAGGAACAUGCCCUUUUUCAUCCCAUUUGCAACCAGAGUUCAGAUUUUUCGCGAAUUUAUAUAUCGCGAUCAGAUCCGCCGGAGACACGGGUUUGUUGACCCAGAUGCCUGGCGUAUGUCAGUAGCCGAAGCCACUAUGGGCCGUAUGAUCGAUGGGCGCCCUGCUGCGCACGAUGUCUUAAGUCGCCACCAUGCGAAUAUCAGGCGUGAGAGUGUCUUCGAAGAUGCAUUCCAGGAGUUCUACGAGCUGGGCGAGGGUCUCAAGGAGCCGAUCCAGAUCACAUUCAUCGACAAGUGGAACAAUGCGGAAGCUGGGAUUGACGGCGGUGGUGUGACCAAAGAAUUCUUGACCAGUGUGACCAGUGAGGCUUUCAAAUCUACGAACGAGAUGAGCUUGUUUGAAGAGAACGACCAACAUUUGCUCUAUCCCAACCCGGCGGCGGUCGAGCAACGCAAAGAGCUGUUAAGGCAGAUCGGCUUGCAAGAGAACACUCCAGACUGGAACGAAAAAGUACGGGAGUUCCUCAGACGGUAUGAGUUCCUGGGUCGGAUCAUUGGGAAGUGCAUGUAUGAAGGCAUUUUGGUCGACGUCAACUUCGCGCCAUUUUUCCUGCUGAAGUGGGCAUUGUCAGGGGGAGCAGGCUCAGCCCAGCGGGAAACGGCAUAUCGUGCCAACCUCAACGAUCUCAAGGAUCUGGAUCAAGGGCUUUAUCAGGGUCUGCUCCAACUGAAGAACUACCCGGGCGAUGUGGAAGAUUUUUCCUUGAAUUUCACUAUUACCGACACUAUACCUCUGCCGGGUUCGGGCAGUCGAACAAUCACCCGCGACCUGAAAAGUCAAGGGUCUGACAUACCCGUGACGAACCAGAACCGACUGGUGUACAUCUCCUAUAUCGCUCGCUAUCGCCUCCAGGUCCAACCUGCGCUACAGACGAACGCUUUUCUGCAAGGACUUGGACAGAUCAUACAGCCGUCAUGGCUAUCCAUGUUCAACCAGACGGAGCUGCAGACUCUCGUUAGCGGGGACCGAGGUGAGAUUGACGUUGCAGAUCUGAGACGUAACACUCUCUAUGGCGGAGUUUAUACAAUCGGGGACGACAAUGAAGAGCAUCCGACGAUCAAGCUGUUCUGGCAAGUCAUGGAGAGUAUGACGAAUGAACAAAGGCAGAACGUGCUUCGGUUUGUCACCUCCACUCCGCGGGCGCCUUUGUUGGGUUUCAGCCAUCUCAACCCCCGCUUCAGCAUCCGUGAUUCCAGUGAGGAUCAGGAUCGACUGCCUAGCACCAGCACCUGCGUAAAUCUUCUCAAGCUCCCACGGUACAGUAACGCUGAGCUGCUACGGGAGAAACUUCUUUAUGCUGUCAACUCUGGAGCCGGCUUUGACUUGAGCUGAGGUUUGUUGAGACUAUUUGUCAAUAGAGCUUUUACGCACGUUUAUCUGGGUGUGUAUCGAAUGAACCCUUGACUCGAUUUGCAUAGCUCAGGCGUCAUGGUGAUCAAUCUUUUAUUGUUCCUAUCGUUUUGACCUCCAUCUUUGUGGUUCCCGAUUUGCUCAUCAUGGCGCUAUCUCACACUUGAAAGUAUGAGAUGGUCGUCAUUUUCAAGGUAGCAUCUUAUUUACAUUUAGAUUCCCAAAUAAAGAACCCAGUGAUUCAAGCACAUAGUGCCAAACGUCGAUGAUUGUCAAUUUGAAUUGACACCUGAGGCAUACGGGCUGCCAUACAAUGAUUGAACCCGA